GGCGGUCUAUGAAUGUGUACUGACUACCACGCCCUGAAUCGGGUUACCAUCAAGUCCCGCUACCAUAUCCUGCGUGCCGACGAACUCAUCGACCAACUUCUUGGAGACAAGUUCUUUUGGAAAAUUGACCUACGAGUCGGUUACCACCAGAUACGCCUGAAUGAAGCUGACUGCUACAAGACGGCGUUUCGAACCCGGUACGGAAGUUAUGAGUACAUGGUUAUGCCUUUUGGCUUAACAAACACGCCUUCGACGUUCCAGUUGACAAUGAACAAAGUUUUUCGGCCGCUGCUAGAUAAAUGCGUCAUCGUGUACCUCGACGACAUCCUAAUAUACAGCACUACCCGGGAACAGCAUUUGAAGGAUUUGGAAGCAGUCUUCUCUCUCGUGCAGCAGCACCAAUUCAUCACCCAAGGCUCUAAGUGCGAGUUUCUAAAACAAGAACUGGAGUUUUUGGGACACGUUAUUUCCAUCGACGGAGUGAAAAUCGACCCCAAAAAGAUCGCGACAAUUCAAGACUGGAAGUCGCUGGCUAAUCUCCAUGAACUUCAAAGUUUCCUGGGGUUUGUGAAUUACGUUCGUCGGUUCAUUCCGAACAUGGCGGGGGUAACUUCCCCUCUCAUGGAUCUCCUGAAGAAAGGCAAGUUUCAUAAGUGGGGGGGAGAGCAGCAGGUUGCGUUCGAAAAGCUCAAACGUUUCCUGACUACACCUCCGGUUCUUUGGAUUGCAGAUCCUUGCCGUCCGUUCGAGCUCAUCACCGACGCUAGCGAUCUGGCUGUUGGCGCAGUACUGUUACAAGACUUCAGUGAAGGCCUUCAACCCAUCGCCUACGAGUCACGAAAGCUGGAUCCGGCCGAGCGAAAUUAUCCCGUCCACGACAAGGAGUUACUCGCCAUCGUCCACGCUUUCAAGGUCUGGCGCUGCUACCUAACGGCCGCUGACGUGACAGUCCGAACAGACACUAAAGAGGCAUACGACUCGAAUUUCUCGGGUCACUACGGCAUCGACAAAACUGCCGAAUUACUGAGCCGUCAUUAUUACUGGCCUGACUUGCCGAGUGACGUGCAGCAGUACGUCACCUCAUACGCCACGUGUCAACGCAUGAAGUCUUCACGACUUCGACCUGCGGGAUUAUUGCAGCCGCUCGAGCCACCCUGCCGACCCUGGCAACAUGUGACGAUGGAUUUUGUCACUUGCCUGCCAGCUGGUUCAAGUGUAGCGACAGCUUCGAAACUGGCUAUUCCGGAGGAUUUUCUUGCAGGCUACUCGUGGGCUACUCAUAGUAGUUACAGCCUAGACACAUUAGACCGCUCGAAAACGGGCUGAUGACACCUUCGACGGCAGUUACCGUUAUGGGAAGAGGCAUUCAGUGGAAAGAGGUCUUUAUCGUGUGCGCUUUCACCUUCCUCUUCGUCUUUAUUCUCGAAAACCGCUCUGUGCAAGUCACAAUCUCCCCGCAAGCUGAAUCGAUAAGCGUGCAUCGACAUAUGCUUCUAUCGGGGUUCGAAUCCAUCCUGCUACCAACCGCUCGGGAUAUGCCGACACCAUCUUCCAUAAACUCCUCCGUUACUGUCUUCGCCUCUACAGUAACUGACAAUGCUACGGUACGGAAUGCCUCCUUAUUAAUAAACGGAGAAAUAGGUCACAAGCAGACCGUCCGUCCCUCUCGGCUUCACAUCGACAGCUUCGGUUUUCCUGGACCUGUGCCCUGGGAUUGGAUCCGGCCGUCCGUUCGCGAUAUGUACACAAUGAACGGUCAGAUUGCAGUGCAGCCGUUCUUCUUCAACUCCGACGCCCCAGAUUCAGGCGCGGUUGCUCCCAUCUGGACGGACGAACAAAUCGACGGCAUGCUUGAGGUGGCCCGCUCGAGAAAUUUGUCAUCCGGGCAGCUCAGCGGCUACGACGAUUCGUCAUCGUUGUUUUUUUUCGAGGCGUUUGACCGUUACCCGAUAAGAGGGAAAAGCAUACUCGUUAUUGGCAGCCAGACGCCAUGGGUGGAGGCCAUCUGCAUCGCAGCUGAAGCAGGGUCGAUCACGACCGUCGAUUUCAACCCCUCCUGUGGUGUCGCACCCAAGGAUCAAGUCGAUUUCGAUCGACCAAUUAGACGCGACGGAUGACGUGUACGACGUGAUCGUUUCGUUCUCGUCGAUUGAGCAUGACGGAUUGGGGAGAUACGGCGACCCCAUGAACCCCACAGGCGACCUACAGCGCAUGAAGAAGCUCCAGGGUUUGGUGAAACCCGAAGGGCUUUUCUAUUUGGGAGUGCCUGUGGGCAAUGACACACUUGCUUUUAACGGGCACAGGGUGUACGGCCCACUGCGGAUGCCUAAGCUUAUUGAGGGGUGGAAGCACCUGGACACAGUUGGGGGGAAGUUGGAAGAUUUGUUUGCCCAGUAUCAAAACGGUGGCUUUAUACAGCCAAUUCUUAUCUUGCACUAUGUGCCUUAGUGGCUUGGUUAAGUUGCCCAUUUCCAUACUUCAGUUGCCUUGGCAUGUUUUGAUAUUGCUGAUGCACACUGUCACAUGACACAUCCUGCUAUUUU